GUGCAGUAGGUGAGAGGCAUGAGCCUCUCACAAGUUAAACGGGAACAACCUCAUCCUUCCCGGUGCGGUGCGGUGCGGUGGCUCUCCUCCCGAGACUUCUUGCUUCAAGUAAGAAGGUUGCCUUACCAUUGCCUUACCAACUAAAAGACAGUGAAUUGGAAUGGAAUAGCAGAGCCGAUACUCAGUCUUUCUUGCUGCAACGACCGGUAACCACGCGGCUACCGAGACUGCUCGCGCAAAAGCCACUCCCGAUCUAGUGCCGAUUUUUGCCGAUUAUUGCCGGUUCCUUGGUCAUUGUCACACCGGGACAAUGACGUUGUGUCACGCUCUCAUUUAGCAGCAGCGAGUCUUCUUCCCCAGAGAAGAAAAGAAAAGAGAAGAGUCGAGAAGUUCACCUGAGAACUAGGAGAGGAAGAUGAAGUUCCUCUGGUCUGUAUUCAUCCUCGUCAGCGCUCAAGUUCUUCUACCUCUCGCUGUCGGAGUCGAGGAGCGGAGUGGUAAUAAGGUGUCCAAGAGGGCGAAACCUCUGGAUCCAGACGAAGAUGACUAUUACUAUGAUGACGACGUAGGUCAAAGGAACAAUCCUACGAAUGAGGCGCCAGUGGUACCACCCGGAUUCUUGAGUCCGUCGGUACGAGAGUAUUUGGAUCUCGGUAAAUCGAUACCCGGUCGGCCAGGAACCGACUACCCGGUUUUGGGAAAGGUGCCUUAUACAAACUUCUACUGUGAUGACCAGCCUUAUCCUGGAUUUUUCGCCGACGUCGAGACGAGGUGUCAAGCUUGGCACUAUUGCGACAUAGACGGACGGCAAGCAACUUUCCUCUGUCCAAAUGGAACUCAAUUUAGUCAAGCAGUCUUCGUCUGCGAUUGGUGGUUCAACGUGAGAUGUGCGCUCAGUCCAAAACUUUAUGCUAUUAACAGUAGGCUCUAUCAGAGGACGACCGAAAGCCCAACCAGACCUCAUCGCGUAAUCACAAAGGAGCUUUUAGAAAAUAUUUUCGUCAAGCGAAAAUAAUAGCCAUGGACAACAAACACUUUUUACAACUCAAAUUUCUAGUAUUAGAUUCGGAAUAACUAUUCUAUAGAUGAUAAAAAUUACCCACGUAAUUAAUAAACUGUAAUUAGUUUUUAAUAAUAGAAUAGAAAAUUAAAAGGUCAGUGUGCUGGUGAUUAAUUGCGUAUGGAAUUUCAGAAGUUUAGAUGCGUGUGAACUGAGGGAUGAGAUAAAACCGUGAAAUGAGGAUUACCAUUUUUAAACGUUUAAUGCCAUUUGUGUGAUUCUUUUUCAUUUUCUUUUUCUAUCAUAGUAUGCUCAUAUUUUCUAAGAAACAUCCAACUAUUGUAAUGUAGAUUUUAAGUUGUGUGCAAAAACUCCUCUCAGUUGUAAUAAAAUAAGUCAAAGUAAGAUACACAAAACAAAACAAAAAAAAAUGAAUAAAACUAUAAUACUUUUUCAUAAAACUAAAAUAGUUUUCUUGUUGUAAAGCCCGCGAACUAAUAAUACAAAAGUUAGAUAUACUAAUAGUACCUAAUAGUAAUAAAAACAAAAUAAGUAACAAAAUAGAUUAAAAUUUUCUUGAUUACAUUUUCACCAAUUGACGAUGAUAAUACGAUUCCAUGUAAAACACACAUUUCAAACAUUAGAGUAUAUACAUUAAUAGCGAGGGAAUAAAAAUAAUGUUAAUUAAAAAAAGACAAAGUCGUCUUCUAACUUAAUAAGUGUUCGCGUCUUGUAAUAACUGCAAUUUAUUCCUAUUGUGAGUGAGCUCAUUAUUUCUCAAUGUUUGCUUUUCAAAUAUUUCUUUCCCACGCUGCAACUCGAUCAGUCAAAUGCAUUUGCAUAAAUUACUAUCUAACGGUUUAACUUAUUUCUGAUUCCCUUUCUAACAGAUAAAGAGAUCUUUUUAAAAGUGGAUACAUGAAAGGCUCUAGAUUUUACUUUCAGGGAGAUAAAGAAAUAUGUGAAUAAGUAAAAAUUCCCGAAAAAGAAACAAAAGUCAAAGCAAAUUUUAUCCAAGUUUUUCGCAAACAUAAAUUUUAUUUAGAACCUCAGCUUCUGAUAGAGUUAAAACUCUAUAGAAACUGCUCUAAAUAAUUAUGAUAGUUAUCAAAAUUAUUAUAUUUGACAGUGGUGCAAGUGUUGAUGGAAAUUUUUUCCUAUAUUUAAAAUGAUAAAUUUGCGUCGAUAAAUUGAUAUUCAUAUAGAACCAAAAGUUUAUUCCUACAAUAAUAUAAAACUAAGAGAUCAACAAAUUUUUUUGCAAUAAAAAUCUCAUGUACCAUACGUUUGUCCAAAUAGUGUUAUUUAUUGAAAUGGAAAAAUUGAAUUAAACUGAAAUCAGAAAACAAAAAUUUAGAAUUGAAUGAAUGAUGCAGAAAUACAGAACACAAUUUAUUCAAUAAAUUAAAGAAAAAAAAAUUAUCACUGUCGUAAUGUAACUUUUGCUUAAAAAUUUCGCACGUUUAAAAUUAUUGUUAUUCUUCAUAUUAUUCCUAAUUUGGAACCUUGCGAAAUUAUCAAAUGCAGACAAACUAUUUUUAAGAAAUAGAGUAAUCUUUUUUACAACAGCUUCGAAAAAUGUUCUUUUCUAAAUAAAUGCAUUAACUGUUUUAUAUUAUCAAAUAAUUUUACUAUUAAGAAUACACAACUACGUAUUAUACGAAAUAAGGUUCAUAACGAACGAAUGGUAUUUUAAAUUAAGAAGAAUAUAUUCUCAGCUUCUAAUUGUAAGUAAGAAGAAGAAGAUCGCUUGUAUAUUUUAUAGAUUUUAUACUUAAGUAGGAAUUAAAAGAUACCUAUACUUUCCAAACUUGUUGAAAUUUAGAACAUUGUUUACCAAGACAGAUGAUUAAUUUUAUCUAAAGAGUGAUUUUUCUUUUGAAAUUUAUAUUAAAGUCUGCUAAAAAUAUUUUACACUUGUAAAUAUUUACAAUUUAUAGAUUUUUAAUUCUUAGCCAUAUAGUAAUAAUAGACUGCAAUGUAAAAGUUUGUCAAUGAAACUCAUAUUUAACAAAAAAAUAUACUAUACACCCAAAAAAAAUUGAUGGUUAACAAUGUUUUCCCAAAUCAAUAUUUCUUUACUGAACCGUCGAUGUUGUAUUUAAGCAAUUACACGUGAAAUUUAAUUCGGGAAAUUGACAGGAAUCGAAAAAAUUU